AUGAAGCUCUCCAUCGAUGGAGACGACGACAGGAGAAGGAAAGCAGUGUUCUUGAGACUCGGGCUUGAUAUGCCCAGUAGGCGAGUUGAUGAUUGGGAUGAGCUCGCGGUUAGUCCGCUGAUGCUCUCCGUGACAAGCGCGAUGGAUGAGAGCCGUUCGACGAAAGGAGUAAGUUUGCAAAGAGACCAAGAAUGUGUGAACUUAUUCUUGAUUUUGAGAACUUUGACAGGGUUAGUAGGAGCCGUUGUAAUAGUGUUGAUUGCAUUAGGGGCAUGUGCUAUUGUUUCCUUUACAGUACCUCCACCUUCUAAGAGAUGCGGUACGCCCGGUGGCCCGCCUAUUACUGCACCGAGGAUACGGCUCAGCAAUGGCAGUUAUUUAGCUUACCAAGAACAUGCUAGUAGACAAAAGGCCACCCUCAAGAUCAUCUUUAUCCAUGCAUUCGCCACAUUCAGGUGCAAUGCUGUUGUCGCCACUCGUCCUGGGUUUCUUGAGGAAAACAUCAUCUAUGUAAUAUCGUACGAUCGACCUGCCAGUCGCAAUGAAAAGACUUUAGCUCGUCUAGCUGACCAAUUACAGCUUGGUUCCAAGUUUUACGUGGUUGGAUACUCAAUGGGCCAAGCCGUUCGAGGUGUUCUCAAAUACACCCCCCACAGACUCGCUGGAGCCACACUGCUAUUUCCUGUAACCAACUCAUGGUGGCUCAGUUUCCCUGAUAGUUUGACUUGGGAACUAUGGAACAAGCAAUCUAAAACCGAAAGGUUUGAGAUGCUCCUUACUCACAACACAAUGUCACCAUGGCUACUCUAUUGGUGGAACAAUCAAAAGCUAUUCCAAACAUCAGCUGUGAUGCAAUCAAGUUCGACGAUAUUCUCUCCUCAAGAUGUCUUUACUGCAAACUCGCUGAACCAAACAACGCAACAGGGGACACAUGAAUCGUUAGACCGCGACAUGAUUGUCGGGUUUGGGAAAUGGGGUUUUGACCAUGUGAAGAUCGAGAAUCCGUUCCCGAAAGGUGAAGGAUCAGUGCAUUUGUGGCAAGGGAUGAUGUCGGCUGGUCCCGCUACAGCUACAAAGGAUCAUGUAGUUCAGAAACUUAGUUGGAUAAAGUAUCAUGAGGUUCCACGCGCUGGUCAUUUGUUUUCAAAUGCUGGUGUCAUGGCAGAGACUCUCUUGAAUGCAUCAUUGACUAUUCCCCAAGCAUCUUAACUUCAUUAACAUUUUUGUUUAGACUUAUUACUAAAAAAUUGUACAAAAAAAAUUGUACU